AUGAAAUUUACAACAACUUUUUCUGGAAGCUCUUUCAUUGUUCUUCUUCUCCUGCUCUCCUUCACAUGCCUGACAAGAGCUCAAGAAGUUGAUGAUGAGAGGGAAUUUAGUUAUGACGAAAAUAGCCCGAACGGUCCGGCGCACUGGGGAGAGAUCCGGCAGGAAUGGAGUGAGUGUAAUUCAGGGCAAAUGCAGUCUCCGAUUGAUCUGUUGAGUGAGAGGGUUGAAAUAGUUUCGAAUUUGGGCAGACUUAAGAGAGGUUACAAUCCCUCUAAUGCUACUCUAAUCAAUAGGGGCCAUGACAUGAUGUUAAGGUGGAUUAAUGGCGCAGGAUACAUUAGAAUAAAUGGAACUUUGUUUCAGCUUAGACAAUGCCAUUGGCAUACCCCCGCAGAACACACUCUCAAUGGCAGAAGGUUUGACAUGGAAGUUCAUUUGGUUCACCAAAGCCACGAUAAUCGCACGGCUGUGAUUGGGAUCAUGUAUAAAAUUGGCCGUCCAGAUUCCUUUCUAUCCGAGAUGCAGAGGGAGUUAGAAGCAGUAGCUCAAACUCAUGAGGUGGAGCACUCUGUGGGUGUUGUGAAUCCCAGGCAAAUAAAAUUCGGGAGUAGAAAGAAAAGGCUGGCAACAACUGCCAGUAAUACAAGGAUAGCGGCUCCUGGAUCGGGAGGGUCCAAGCAAAAAGUCAUCGUCGCGUAUGUGCCAGCGGAAGAUCGGAUGCACCAAAGGGUUUCUGGCUGCUCGGGUUGGGUUAGGGGCAGCCACCCGAAUCUGAUGCAACUGGGUCGGUUUUCAUGGUAUUCGGUAAGAUAUUGGAGCUUCAAGGUUGCUGAACUGGGCGGAAAGUGCAGCUGUCGGGUCUUGGUCGCAAUGGACACGCGUGAACAGUAG